UACAAUUUUGCUAAACUGCAGCCCACAGUGUUCUGUUUAUUUUUAAUAAAAUUAAUCACAAGUUUUUGCAAGCACUUUCUGCUGAUUUUGCUGAAAGAGCUUCUGCUUCUGUCAUCCACUAUGGUGCUGCUGCUGCUCCUGCUCCUGCUGCUGCUGCAAGCGCCAGAGCAAAGCCUCCCGAGACGGUUCGUGAACUCUCAACCCAGCUGGGAAGGCAGCAAGGGCAGCCUCAGUGAAGAGGCAGCAGCAGGGAGGCUCCUUGGGUGUCUGUGGCCUCUUCCUGCCCCCACCGGUCCCACUCCCUGGCAUAGGAAACUGCUGUGGGGUCCCUUGGCGGCAGUCUUCCAGGGGUGCCCCUUAAACCUCAACCAGCUCCAGCUGCCACAGCAGAGGACAUCUUCACACGGUCUCUUCAGCACCUCUGGCGGGAGGGGGUCAUGCCCACGUUGCUGGUCCGGGAGACCAAAGUCCCUUUGCUUGGGCACAGAGAAAGAGCCUGUCGUUGCUGUGAAGGCAGGAGCUGCCCAAAGUGCCUGGUCUGGCCUCCUCUUCCCAAGGGCUCCACUGGGGCCACACUUCCCAACAGGGCCCAGGAAUCACAUUCCCCAGCAGCUGCCCCCACAGCCUUUGAUCCUGGGGAACACAGAGUCAUCCUGCCCAGCAGCCAUGAUUUCCAUGCUUUUCAAAGAUGCCCCCGGCAGCAGAGGCAGCCAAGGCAACAGGAAGGUAGCCCCCUCCCAUGGGUCGGAAUCACCAAUGAUGGGUGCAGAGGGGCAGAGGGGGUGUUCCCCCAAAACUGCAGGAAGCAGCUAAGCGUUUACACAGAGCUAAGGCACCUCCCUCCCUUUGCCAGGUGGUGGGACCAGCUUGGGCCACUCCCCCAGCAUCAGGCUUGUGCCCAACGUCCCCAGCUGGCCUGCUUCCCGCGUACUCGUCAGCUGCUGAGGGUGACACCCAGCACUCAGCCCCUUCCCUCUUCUCACCAGCGGGCCUCAAAAUCUCCAGCCCAGAGGACCUGCCCCUUGGCAUGGCAGCAGGCAGUGGUCCAUGCGUGGCACCCAGGGGCUGCUCCAAUUCCUUCAAGGGAGCCCCAUUCCAACCGCCCAGGUUCAUCCCCUUCUCAGGAGGGGCUGCAGCUCCUGGCCCAAAUUCAGGGAGAUUCUCACUUCCCCAUCUUCAGAGCUGCUCCCCUCUCCCUCCCUCCAGCUCUCCACUGCAGAUCUCUCAGGACCAAACUCUUUCAAAGUGGGGUCUUGUCAGGGGCCACAAAGGUUACCGGAGAGAUCCAGGAAGGCGAAGGAAACAGGCUCUUUGCAGGCCACCUCCUGAUGUGGGGUUAGUGCAGACAGCAAAGCUGACCCCUGCCUGCCACAUGAGCUGGCCACCAUGGGACUCCCUGGCAAGCCUCGGCAGAGGACCCUCUGAUCUUCUCCUCUGUUGUUUCCUCAGGAGCUCCACCCCGCCAUCCAGCACCUUGUUUGGCCGGUGACCGGAACCCUCUGCCCCCCAAAGGCAGGGCUGGGCUGGUGACAAAAGGCAGACAGCAUGGGAUUGCGGUCUCAUCUGGACAGGUGGAAAAAAAGGGCUGAUUCCCUUCUUUCAACAAGGACAAAUGGGCCCUUCUGCAGUACAGAGCAGCGAGACCCAGGCCUCCCUGGCAGUGGGAGGGCCCCUUGAAGAACAGCCUCAGGACACCGAGGAAAGGAAGGACCCGCUGGGAGCAGAACGCCCUGCCGAAAAGCAGGCUGAUCCAGGCGAGUAUGGGGGCGGGGGGGUGUGUGCAAGGGAAAGGUCCCGGA